CAGACUCAAUCCCCGCUGCAGUUCACUGCGUUUCCGUAGCCACUUUGCUACCCGCUGAGCCCUGGUUGGGGAAGGAGCUGGCGGAAACGACUAAUCCCGGUCGACUAAACGCCAAAGCUGGCAAUAUAAAUGGCGCAUUAGGGCUGCUAUCGGAAGGGACUCUCUAAACCAAUGUUCGUGACUCGGGCGCUUUUGGAGAAUGCGUUGGCAACACCCUCCGUAACAUGUGAGAUGUAUACAGAAAGGUAUUAACUGUGCGUUAUUUCGGCUAACUAGCUAGCAGCUACCCCCUUCUCUGUAUCCAAUUUAUGGUAGCUCGCUUGAUCUGUUUUCUGAACCGUCGCUUGUGUACCGGAGGAAAAUGAAGAAGUUUAAUAUUCGGAAGGUGCUGGACGGCUUGACAGCGGCUUCUUCCUCCUCCUCCGCAACUGCUCAGCCGGGUACUCCCAGGGAAAACGAUGUUGUCCAGGAGACUUUACAGUCGGAGCAUUUUCAGCUUUGCAAGACUGUGCGUCAUGGCUUUCCAUAUCAACCAUCCUCAAUGGCUUUUGACCCCGUACAGAAAAUCUUGGCCAUUGGGACUCAGACUGGAGCUUUGAGGCUCUUUGGCCGUGCAGGGGUGGAGUGCUACUGUCAGCACGAGAGCAACGCUGCUGUCAUCCAGCUCCAGUUCCUGAUCAACGAGGGGGCGCUGGUGAGUGCCUUAGCUGAUGACAGCAUCCACCUGUGGAACCUGAGGCAAAAAAUCCCUGCUAUCCUGCAUUCACUCAAGUUUAACAGGGAGAGAAUCACAUACUGCCACCUGCCCUUCCAGAGCAAAUGGCUGUACAUCGGCACAGAAAGAGGAAACAUCCACAUUGUCAACGUGGAGUCCUUCACUCUCUCAGGCUACGUUAUUAUGUGGAACAAAGCCAUCGAACUAUCCACCAAGACACACCCAGGGCCUGUUGUGCACAUCAGUGAUAACCCCAUGGAUGAGGGCAAGCUUCUGAUUGGAUUUGAGUCUGGGAUAGUAGUGCUGUGGGAUUUGAAGUGCAAAAAAGCUGACUACCGCUACAAUUAUGAUGAGGCAAUCCACUCAGUCGCCUGGCACCAUGAGGGCAAACAGUUUGUUUGCAGCCACUCCGAUGGCACUUUGACCACGUGGAAUGUACGAACCCCAGCCAAGCCCGCACAGAUCAUCACACCACAUGGAAAGCAGCCUAAGGAUGGAAAAAAGCCAGAACCAUGCAAGCCUAUCCUGAAAGUGGAAUACAAAACAACAAGGGCUGGGGACCCAUUCAUGGUGCUGUCUGGAGGUCUGUCUUACGAUACAGUGGGGAGGAGAGCCUGUCUUACUGUGAUGCACGGAAAGAGCACUGCUGUUCUGGAGAUGGACUACCCGAUUGUGGAUUUCCUAACGCUGUGUGAAACUCCAUAUCCAAAUGACUUUCAGGAGCCUUAUGCUGUGGUGGUCCUUCUUGAGAAAGAUUUAGUUGUAAUAGACCUCGGACAGAUUGGGUAUCCCAUAUUUGAAAACCCUUAUCCUCUGACUAUCCACGAGUCACCGGUGACCUGCUGUGAGUAUUUUGCUGACUGUCCUGCUGAACUUAUUCCUGCACUUUACUCUGUCGGCUGUCGGCAAAAGAGGCAAGGUUACAGUAAGAAGGAAUGGCCCAUUAGUGGGGGAAACUGGGGCCAAGGCACACAGAGUUACCCUGAGAUUAUAAUCACAGGACAUGCUGAUGGGUCAAUCAAAUUCUGGGAUGCUUCUGCACUAAUGCUUCAAGUGCUGUACAAGCUGAAGACUGCCAAGGUGUUUGAGAGGGCUCGUGGAAAGGAGGAGAAGCCAAACACAGAUAUAGUAGAUGAGGACCCAUUUGCCAUCCAGACCUUGUCCUGGUGUCCCGAGAGCCGGAUGCUGUGCGUGGCUGGAGUAUCUGCUCAUGUUAUUGUCUAUAGGUUCAGCAAACAAGAAAUUACCACUGAAGUUGUUCAGCUCUUGGAGGUGCGAAUGCAGUGUGAGUUUAGCGAAGUGGACUCUCCUGACCCAGGAGGAGAGCAGACCCCCACCCUGCCAACCCCGGGAGCUUCCUCCAGCCCUCAGGAGAGUGAGCUUCCCACUCAGCCAUCAACAGGGAGCAACUCCUCUGAUGGCCCCCGAGACAAUAUACCAUGUCUACAGGUGCGGAGCUCCCCACUGAAGCAGUCUCCGGGCAACCAGGUGGAACUGGUGAUCCAGCUGGUGUGGGUGAGUGGGGAGCCACCUCAGCAGAUCACCAGCCUGGCAAUCAAUUCUUCCUAUGGCCUUGUGGUGUUUGGAAACAGUAACGGUCUGGCUGUGGUGGACUACCUCCAGAAAACCCUGCUUUUCAAUAUGGGCACAUCAGAGCUGUACAGCCCAUCUGACCCCUAUCAGAGGCAGCCUCGCUCCCCACGUAAAGCAAAGCCUUCCGGAGACAUUCCAACUGUGACGUCUUGCAUGUCCAGACUUUCUUUCUUGUAUUCUGAGUCUAUGAAAAAACGACGCUCAUCUCACUUCACAACUUGUGAUUCCAACGAUGGGUCCAAUGCCUCAGAGGACCGCUGCAGAUCACCUACUUCAGGCUCUACCUCACCCUGCAAUUCAGAUGAUGACAAAAAGCAGAAUUUCAUAGAGAAGGUGAAGUUGAAAAGCAGGCGCUUUUCCAAGACGGUUGCCAAUGACUUUGCUAAGAUGUCACGGAAAAUUAGCUCGUCUAGUGAGCAAAAGACUGACCUGGAAAAGGGUGGGUUCCAACGAAGGCGCAUUCAGACAUGUAAGAAGCAGUUGUGUUGUGUGAAAAGAACGGCAACAGCCAGGAUGAACCUGAAGGAGGACCUCUGUAGAACUAAGUCAGACCCCAUUUUCUAUGCCAGGGAUAACUCAUUCACCCGCUCACGCAGUUCAAGUGUAGCCAGCAUAGACCGAGAAUCUCGAGAGGCCAUCUCCUCCUUUCACUUCUGUGAGAGUUUUCCAAGGAAGACAGACAGCCUGGUCAGCCCCUGUCUGCUGGUGGGGACCACCCACGGCUCGGUGAUGAUGGUGGCCCUCAGCCUGCCACCAAGUGGAGACCAGAGGUUACAGCAGCCAGUUGGCAUUGCGUCUUGCGGCACCCUGGUCAAGCUCAAAGGAGGCAUUUUAACUAUGGCCCUGCUGGACGCAACUGGAACUCUGCUGCCCCCUUUCUUUGAGCAGUGGUAUGACCCAAAUGCUUCAGAUGAAGAAAAAGAGAAGAGUCGGAAGCGCAGGCCAGCCUCUCCUCCCUCGUCACAGGAGAGCCAGGAUACUCACUUUGCCAUACUGUGUUCGGAGAAACAGGCCAAGGUGGUGGCCCUGCCCUCCCAAACCCGCAUCUACAAACACAGCAUCACAGAGACCUCCUUCGUGCUGAGGGCUGAUGUUGUGCAGAUGGCCGGGGCUAACUGCAUCGCCUGUUUCUGUGCUAAUGGGCAUAUAAUGACUCUGAGUUUACCCAGUCUACGGCCUCUUCUGGAUGUCAACUACCUGCCGCUCACAGACAUGCGAAUAGCAAGAACAUUCUGCUUCUCCAACCUGGGUCAGGCUUUGUACCUCACCUCCCCUACUGAGAUCCAGAGGAUCACCUACAGCCAGGAGACGUGUGACAACUUGCAGGAGAUGCUCAGUGAGUUAUUUACUCCAGUGGAGACACCAGAGGCUCCAAACAGAGGUUUCUUCAAAGGCCUUUUUGGGGGAGGAGCUCAGUCUCUGGACAGGGAGGACCUCUUUGGAGAAACAGCUGCAGGUAAGGCAUCUCGUAGCCUGGCGCAGCACAUCCCUGGCCCAGGCAACAUGGAAGGCAUGAAGGGGGCCGCAUCGGGAGUUGUGGGAGAACUUGCCCGUGCCAGAAUAGCUCUGGAUGAGAGAGGGCAGAAGCUGGGCGAGCUGGAGGAGAGAACAGCAGCCAUGAUGGCCAGCGCAGAGUCCUUUUCCAAACAUGCGCAUGAUAUGAUGCUGAAAUACAAAGAUAAAAAGUGGUACCAGCUCUGAUGGCAGCGUGUGGAGCAUCGGACUCUGUAAUUUCACACACCAGUAUCUCUGAGGAGCUGCAGGUCCCUCUACUUCUCUUCUCUAUUUCUCUCCACGGGGGAGUUAUGCGCAAAAGAAUUGUGCUUUUUUUCCCGUUUUCUUUUUCCCCUCAGCGUAAUAUUAUCCCUCUGCAUUACCUCAGUCACCCGAGGACCUCUGCAGCACAGACACUGUCCAGUGCAAUGCAAUAAGGAUGGAAAGAGGAAAGAAAUGGAAGAAGAGAAGCUCUUAGGAGACUCUCAUUCCAUUUUCACCUGAGAGUGAUGACGUUCAUUUAACAUCAGUCCACACAGUAGGAGAAGAGGGGACCUUUCAUAUAUCCAUCAGGCAUAUAUAAAAAGAUAUAAAGUGCUGUUCUUUUAGCCUGACUGCAUUUGGUCAUUCUCUGCCCUUUAUGGUGUCUGCUAAACACAGUGGACUUAAAUGAGGAGGAAAGUCUGAUGACCCCUUGUCCUUCAAUUCUAAUCAACUCGAUGAACGUGCAAGUUUCUGUAGUAAUGAUUAAAUCACUGAAGGACUUGUUUGUUUUUCUGUCUAAAUUAUUUUUGGAGUUUGUCUUUUUGCAUCUGUAAGUAUGGCUUAUCCUUCCUUUUUUUUAAUAUAUUGUUUUUGUCUAGAAAGGGCCUUUGAAGUGGUUAAAAGAGUAAAUAAAUGGGCAGGGAGAUUCUGAAUCUAUUGCCUCUCACCAAAUAAGGGCUGGUAGUACACUAGUUCAUCACCGACCAUACCUUUUUACAGCUUUUACCAAGCAAAUGGGUUUUGGGUGAGAAAGACGAAUGGUGAAUUUAUGGAAUCACUCUGUUUUAUUUUUAAAUGUAAUUAUUUAUGGGGAGCGAAUAAUAGUUGGGGAUUAAAUGAAGCUGGGCAUUAAGUUUUAUUUUGUUUCUUCUGUCUAUUAAAUGCGAAAAAGAAAGUGCUGAAAAUGUUUACCCCAAUGACGAGUUUACAUUGACCUAUAAUAAAAAUGAAUUGAUAAGAGUGGAUACACUGGAAAAUCCAUGAAGAGCUUAUUUUCUUCAGGCUUUCAAGGGGCUAUAGCAAAGUCAUGUAUGAGAAGGAUGAUGUGUUGAUGGGCAAGGCUAAGAUUGCCCUUAAUAUAAUUACAUAUAUAUAUAUAUUUUGGUUACAAAUUUAAGUUUUACCUGUCUUAAAGAUGUAUCUAUAUAUGAUCAUUCAAAUUUUUAUUGGCAUACAUUUGUAGCUGAAUUUUUUUUUCUUUCUUUUUUUCAGUCUUGUUUCUCAAUGUGUAGGAAAAAAAGCAUGUGUCUCUUACAGCACAAUGGAAGUGAUAACGCUGUGUUUGUAUCUGUAGCUGCCAGUAGAAAUGACCAAGCACACAUACGUGUUCCACGCAGUGCCGUUGGUCAUCUCUCUCUGAACCAUUAACUUAAAAAAACUGUUUCUGCCUUUGCCUCAUGACGCAUAUAUGCUAACCUCUACCUACGUGUAUAUCUGUGUCUUUGUAAACAUACAUAUAUUCAGGAAUAUGUGUAUGGGCGCCAAUGUCUAUAUAACAAUAUAUUGACCUAUGUAUUACAAUAGGUCUUUUGAGGUUUUUGUUUUUGCUUGACAGUGUUUUUCAAUGUGAUUAACCGGAAUCCUAUUGUAAUUAGAUUAGAUUUCUUUUUCAUGAGGUGUGAGGAUAUGCUGCUAGUUGUGUCAAUAUAGGAGCAUUAUCUGUCGGGCUUUUAUUUUGAAAAGAGGGGACAAGACUUUGUCAGUUCAGUUUGCUGCCAAAUGUUGUAUAUAGCGCAACAGCUGGACACAAAUCUGACAGUGCGGGUUCAGGUAAUGUGACAUACCGUAUGCUUGCGGCCAUGUUUUUUUUCUGACACCAAAGAGUUUCUUAAUUUCACAAAGUUGUCUUGAUUCAUUUUUCCCCAGGCGUUAAGAGUCAGUCAGGAUAGUUUGAUGACACUCUUAAGAAAUCUUCUGUGUGUAAGGGGGCGGGGUUUAGGGAGGCGAUUGGCUUUGCUUCGUCUUAUGGGCAUGAAACCUUCAUUACUGCCCCAAACUGCUGGACACGUAUAAAGUAAACCCGAGGAGUUUCAUUCCAAAAUGGGAUAUCCAGCAAUGGAAAUGGAAAUUGACUGAAUACUUGAUCCUAGAAACUGCUAGGAGGUUUGAAACCUCCUCUUUAUUUCUGUGUAUUAUAUCACUGAAAUAAAGAAAACGUACCUAGAAAACAUUGGAUGAGCAGUUGCAAUAUGGAGAUAUGGCAUUUUUGAAUAAAACCCUUCACUUUUAGAUGGCUGAUUUUAAAUCUACUGUAUACUAUUGAGAUAAACCCAUUUGGAAGAGCAGUUGUGUGGGUUUUGCACUAUUUUUUUGUACUUCAAAUGAUUUUGUUAGUAUGAUUUUUAAAGUGUUGAUUCCUCUGUCCCAUUUUCUUAUGUUUCAAAGGACCAAAACAUGACAGAACCUAUGCUUAUUUAUGUCAUUUGCCAAUUAUGCUGAUUUCUUCACUCUCAGAUUUGUUUUCCAUGUCAACAUUAAUGUCCAAGCUAUGGCUGUGCAUAAAUAUCCAUCAUCCAGACAUGACAAUGAACGUUUUCUGGUAUAUAUUUAACAUGCUCAUCUCAGAUUUAAGCUUUUCUCCUGCAGAACGAACCAUCCUCCUUUGAGUGGGCCGCUGAGUCCUUUUACAAAGUGUGGCCUCAACUUUAAAGUGCUUCAGUUUGCAACAUAUGUCCUAAAUGGUCUCUUAUUGCACAUUGAAGGAUGCAUGAUAUUAAGUGUUUACAAACUUGAAACAACCAUGUAUUAUCCCCUCUUAGAGAUUGUCUGUUCUAGCAUUUGUAUUAACCACCAUGCUGAACAAAACUGAAGUUCUCUUCACACAUCCGGAGUGCGUCCCAUUUUCAUUUGAUCAUGCCAAUUGUACACAUGCGAGAGAUUAUAUUUAUUUUUUAUUGGUACAUCUGUUAAUGUUGCUGUUUGCUUCAUGAAAACUCUUGCUCUCCCUGCGCUGUAAAAAUGCAUUGAAGUUGGAAGCUAGGCUCACAGCACCGUGCAGGAGAGCUCGAGGUUUUCUCACUCGCCAUACUUCCAUCCGUCUGUCUUCUGGGAUGAAUAUCUGUGGAGUUGCAGUAUUUUCUCAUAGUAGGCAAUUUUUGUACAGUUUUAUUAAAAUAAAUUUCACAUGGAUGUCUGACUUUAUCUGCUGCCACAAUUUAGACUGUAGAUACAGUAUAUAUAGAUAUUAUUGUGCAAUGGAAAAUAAAUGUAAAACCAACCGUAA